AUGGAAUUCAAUUGUAUAAUUGAAAGAGAAUCAUUUUUAUUGAUUGUCAAGGAUACAACGUUGACAAUUUGUAAUUAAUCCAUCAAAUACACAUUUGAUAUAUCUUUGAAAAUUCUUAUCACCUGGAUAUUUCGUGAAUAAGAAUUGAAUGGGUUUAUAUUAGAUGAUCUCAUUGUGGAAGGGGAUAGUUUAAAUAUGAAAAAGCUUAAACUAUUUCUCGGUGGAAAAAUAACUUACACCGGCAUUCAAAUUUUCUAUUGCUUUAAUGGGGAGAUAAGUUUCAGCGAUAGUAAAGCAACAAAAGUCUGUUCUCUCAUCAAUAGGUAAACUAAACUAAAAUUCACUUGUAAAUGCUUUAAGAAAAGCAUGUUGGGAAUGGAGAAAAUUCAUAAGGAGAUUGAGAUUUUAAAGAAAACAUCUAAAAAAGGACUAGCCCCAAAAAUCUAUGAAUGCUAUUAAUCAAAUAAUUGUGUGUAUCUAAUAAUGGAAAAUUUGGAAAAAUUAUAGGAUUAGGCAUUUAUGGAAGAAGAUGUUAUGUUAUUUCUCUAUAGUCUAAUUUAAAUAAUCUCAGUCCUCCAUUAGGAAAAUAUUGUUCACAAAAGCAUAAAAAAAUCACAUAUUAUGUUUAGUGAAGACAACAAACUAAAAUUGGUUGGAUUUGGAAAAUCUAGCAAUGCCAAUAUUCAAAAUAAUGAGUUUAGACUGGACAUUUUUAAGGUCGGAAUUAUAAUGCAUAAAUUGUAAAGAUUAAAAAAUAGCAUAGCUACUAAAAAUAGAAUUUUUAAGACGAUCAAUUUACUAUAUCAGAGGAUGGAAAUUCCCUAUUAGAAGCUCUUCUAAAUUGGAAGAGUAAUUCUCCUAUUGAGUUAAAAGAACUAUUAUGCCAUCCUUACUUUAAAUUAUUAAAAUCAGAGGGAUUAUCUUUAUAAAUUUAAUGUAUGA